GUUUUGUUAUUAUAGCUUUUGUAUGUUAAUGUUUUUGUGAAGUUUAUAGAUUAAUUUAAAUAUUAAUUGAUCUGAGAUUCAAUUAACAGAUACUUUUAAUGAUUUCCAACACUUUUAUUUUGUUUCGUUACCGUUUCGGACAAAAUAAAACAUAAUGCAUAUAAAAAUAUGUUUUGUUAUUCUGAGUGUCUUCUUUGCAUAUGUUUGGUCGUCAAGUGACAUGACAGAGAGCUCUUUUGGUAAAUUUAAACAGGGAGUCAUAGCUGCAUUUGGUGAUUUUAACUCGGAUGAAUUAACAGAUGCCUUUGUUAUCACUAAUAGUUCAGACAUAGUGGUCUUUUUAGCUUAUGAUAAAGAACCCUUUUUAAGGCCAUCGUCAUUUGCAUGUAAUUUUAGCAAUAUUGUAAUAACAAGCGUUGUGCCUGGGGACUAUGAUGGCGAUGCAUACAUGGAUAUUCUUUUGACCACUCAGAUACAAAAUAAGACUUCUAAUUUACAUGAAGUGAGAGUAAUAUGGGGUGGCAUGCCUAGUUUGAACUGCACUGAUGCCCUCCUUGUCAAAGCUACAAGUGUGGGACAACCACUAGUAAUGGAUUAUAAUCGUGAUAUGACAUUAGAUUUGUUUGGUAUUAACACUAAUAAUGAACGUGUGUUUUGGAUAUUUGAUGAAUCAAGAUCUCUACCCAAAGAGAUUAAAAUGGGUGAUGGAAUACAAAAAGAAAUAAAACUUCCACAUUCACACUCAUUUUUAGAUGUUAAUUUUGAUGAUGCUGCUGAUUUGUUACUGACCACAACACUAGAUAUUGAAGUGUGGCUGAAUGAUGAAAUUACUGGGUUCAAGUACAACAAUAGCAUAGAACUAUUAGUUGGUCAUCCUGUGAUAUAUGGGCAAGCCCUUUUUAUUGAUGUUGCACUGUCCGGUCAAUUCUUUUUAGUUAUACCUGUGUGUUAUGAUCCUGAAUGUUUGAAUAGUACUGUAUUUAUUUAUGACAAUAAUCAAUGGCAUGACUUGCAAAUAGACUUCAAUGAUGGCGAAGGAACAUUAUGGAGAUUCACACCUCCACGAAAUGAAAUAUACUUAGAUACUAUAACUAUGCGUAGUGGUGAUUAUAAUAUGGAUGGAUAUCCUGAUAUAUUGAUGACGUUAAGUCCUGUAAAUAAUAAUGAUACUAGAGUUUUCUUACUUCACAAUAUCCCAUGUGAUCAAUCAUGGUGUAAAUUUUACAGAACAUUUGAAGUUCAAUGGCAUAACUUUGAUACUUUUGGUAAAGAUGUAGUUAUGGCUACAUUUUAUGAUUUCUAUAUGGAUGGAGUUCUUGAUGUGAUAUAUGUUAAAAAAAAUAGCACAUCACAAGAUUAUACUAUGCACGGUUUUAAGAAUGAGCUAGAAUAUGAUACAAACUUUAUAAAAGUAAUUGUUGUAACUGGAUUGACUAAUGCUAGAGUACCAGUUAUAAAUGGUACCCUAUACAACAGAAAAGUUACAUUCGGGACCAAUUUGCCAGGACCCAAAAUUGGCUACAAUACUUGGUCACAAGAAGGCAACUACCGAACAGGAGUGUGUGCACAACUGCCCCAGUCUGCAUACUUUGCUCUCCAACUUCCAUACUCAAUAUUUGGACUAGACCGUACACCAAAUUUUGUUGACACCUUAUCUGUAGGUCUCUCAGGUUAUUCUAAAAGUUGGACUCAAAUCAUUCCAAAUUCUCAAAUAGUUGUAAUACCAUCACCACCCUUUGAUUCUUCGCAAUGGAAAGCUCAACUAUUUGUUACUCCAAGUAAAGUAAUUCUUAAAAGUGUUUUUGUUUUAUCUGCUAUUUUAAUUGUAAUAACAGCUCUUGUACUUUAUCUGCACUGGAAAGAGCGAAAUGACCGCCAGGAUAUCAUUGAAAUUGAUGAGAAGACAUAUGUGAAAAUAUAACACUUAAUUAGUAUGCAUUUACAUUAAAUUAUGUUCACUAGUUACUAUAUUACUACAGAUUUUUUUGUUUCUAAAGCAUAAAUUAUAUUAAAUGUGUAUUGUAUUAUAAUUGAAGAUAAAUUGUUCCAAGUCCAAGUAAUUAUUCAGGAGAUUAUGAUUUGGUAGUUGAGAAAAGCUAUAAUACUUUAGUGAAAUUAAAUAAAUAUAAUAACAUAUAUUGUACAUAAAUAAGCUUUAAUGUAUAUGGAUGUUGUCAAACUGUGAUCUAUAAAAACUUUGUAUUUAAGGUAUUGAAGUAUAAUGAGGCUGUUAUAAAUAUGUAAUAUAGAAUAUCUAAUAAUAUAUGUGAUAUAAUUUUUGUCUGAUAAUGAUUUUCAUAAUUAUAAACAUGCUGUAAUUUAAAUGUUGUAAAGAAAGAUAUAAAAAUUGUAAUAUAGUGUAUAUAAAUGCCAUACCUAAUGGACCAUUUGUUUUUUUAAACCAUGGAAAAUUCUAUCCAAAUCAGUCUAGCUGCAUGUAUUUGUCCUUAAUAUUUUGUACUAUUUUGUUACGGUAUCAACUGUCUUUGUCUAAACUAAAUUUUAUUCUGUUUACAUGAUCAUACUAUUUGAUUCGAUUACUAUUAGACCAUUAUUUUUUUAUAUUUGUGAAUACUCUUUUCCUCUCUGUUUAGAUAGUAUGUAGGUAUAUUACUGUAUAGUUGUUUUUUUUACUGGAUGAUAAUGGUAUGGUGCUCAUGCCUGUGCUAAUGGAUUAUGUCGGCGGGACACCAGGUGAUGAUAAGAUGAGCAUAAGAUCAGGUUAUUUGCCCAUCGUGGCAAAUUCCAGGAAUUUAUCAGGUUGGUUUACAGGCCGUAUUGUGAAGAGGUUAACCUAACAUACAACUUUUCAUGCUAAUUACGGAAGUUUUAAUGUUGUUAAUUUAUUAAUAGAAUAUAUUUUUAGUAACAAACUAUAACUCAAGUAGGUGUGACACCAUUCGAUGCUAGAACAAUUAUACAUCAGAAUUUGUAACGCAAAUCAUAGUUGCCACAAAAACAUAGUGUUUUAAAUAUUUAACAGUUGGAGUUUUAAUAGGAAUAUUGUUAAGUCACGAAUUUAACAAUAUUCCUGUUAAAACUGUCCAACUACUAUAUUGAAAUUGGGACAUUGCGGCUUUCGUUCAAUCUUCGGUGCAUGCAAGUUGAUUUACGACGUCUUGUGAAAUCGACACCGA